CGUCUUCACAAGGAAGUAGGGAAACAUGUUUGAAAAAAAAAAAAGACAGCAGCAUAUGCAUCUGCUGGGGUAUGAGUUAAGUACAUGGCAAGGCAAACCCAUGUGAUUUCUUGAUUUGAAACAAGCUAGUGUCCCUCAUUGAUGCCAAUGUUAACCACUCAUUUCAUGUAGCAAAUGAUCUUCCACAUACCCUUUCUUCAUCUAUAUAUGCACAUAUGAAUUCAUGAUCAGUAACUCAACUCCUCUCAUUCAGUAAACAUCAAAGCUUUCUCUCUUUCCCAGAUCCUUUCAAGUCUUUUUAUUGUUUAUCCACUUGGGAAUAUAGAAGCCAUGGGUUUCCGGCUGCCUGGAAUUGUUAGCCCCAAGAGAAGUCUUACCCGAUCUUCAUCGAAUGCGAACAAGACAGCAUCAAAGACCUUAGAUAUCCCAAAAGGCUACUUUGCAGUCUAUGUUGGAGAGAGCCAGAAGAAGCGAUUUGUGAUUCCAAUAUCUUACUUGAACCAACCUUCAUUCAUGGAUUUGCUGAGUCAAGCUGAAGAAGAAUUUGGAUACGAUCAUCCCAUGGGCGGUAUCACAAUCCCUUGCAGUGAGGACACUUUCCUUGAUCUCACUUCUAGCUUAAGUGUGUGACUGAACGAUGAAAUGAAAAUGGGAUCCAACUUCAUAUUAAAAAAGAAUCCGAAUUUCGGACAUGCUGCUGAGUCAUGAUGAAGAAGAGACAUGGCCAUGAUUGUCAUUAACUGAAUCAACUCACCUCUUCUGCUGAGAGGAAGCUUCUGUGGCAUUUAAGCGGCAAAGGAGCUGAACUGAAAGAUAGAAAAGUAAUGAAGCAGACAAAUGGCGGUAUUGUAUGAAUCUUGUACAACAAUUUCUGCAAAAAUCUCGGUUCCAAUAUUGAACUAAAAGAAAGUUAAAUUCUGUAUGCAACCCAUGUAAACUUAGCUCUUCCAGGAUAACACUCUGGGAACAAAUAAUGUAGUCCAAUUCUCAUCAACUAGUCUUAUUUUUGCGACACCA